AAAAAAAAAAAAACUCAAAAAGUCGAAACUCCCCGAGAGAGACAGUGCCGCCAUUGCCCUCCGAGAGAGCCGUUGUAAAAUGGCGAACGCGAACACGAACAAUACCGAAGCGGAGCACGUUAGCUUUGAUUCCGAGGCGGCGCAUGUUAUCUCCUCCGCCGUGGAAUGCCACGGCGACGACGAUGAUGUGGGGGCUCUACACGACGUCGUUAAAGGAUUGCCUUCUCACGCCGUGAAGGACUUGUUGUCCGUCGGGGUAUGCACCCGAUGUAUCCUUCGGCUAUUUGGGAUCCGGGGAAAUAUUUAUUCAAUUUCUGCAAUCUCGCCAUCAAUAUUGAAUUCAGUUAUUGGAGAACAAAGACAUGAUGAGGACAUCAGUUCCAAUUCUAAGGAAUCAGAAUUUGAGGAAGUACUCUGCGCCCUUUGUUUAGGCAUUUUGCAGUUCACCUAUUGCGACAACAAGGAAAUUCCAGUGAAAAAAGGAAGUGCUAGUGAUAUGGCUGUUGCAAUUUCUGAGCUGGUGAAGCAAGAGGGCUAUCAGAUUGAUAGCUUUUCUCUUGAAGUGUCCGUACCUCCAAUUAUCCUUGAAAAUGAAAACUCAGUUAGGUUGUACAUGAAAAGAAAGUAUGGAACUGAACCUUGGUUCCAAGGAGGGCCAUUUUCUCAAAGUAUUUCUGCAAAGGAUGCCUUAAAAUUCUCUUUAGCAAAACCCCUUGAAACAUUGUUGGAUUGUAAAUCAGGUAUAAGCAAUUUCCGCAUCCGUUUGACAUUUUCUCACAAAGCUUCGAAAGUGGUUCAGAGUGUAGCAGUGAGCAAACAGGGUUGCAAGAGAAUAAAAACAGGAAACAGUGUUGACUCUCUUGAUGACUCAGUAGCUGGGGACAUCAAAUGCUCUGAUUUAGCUGACGCAACUGUUGAAAGGUCUUUUGAUGGUUUGCAAGAUAAUGAAUCUUCUGAGUGCUUCAAAUUCCCUCUACAGAAGGUCAAUGACGCUUGUCACUUGGUGCUUCUUUGCCAGAGGACACCCAUCUACUUUGGUGGGAGAUAUCUGAAGUACUCAAGAAAUGUGAGUCAAACACGAUGGAUCAUUGAUGAUGAAAGAAUGGGAGAAGCAUCUGUUGAGGAGAUAAUAGGUAGCAACAUCCAACCUCUGUGUCAAGGUGACAAUUAUAAGUUUCAUGCCGCUGGAAGAGAGGAUAUUGAUGUUCGAAUGUUGGGUUCAGGUAGGCCUUUCCUGGUUGAGGUACAAAAUGCACGCCGAAUACCAUCUGAGGCAUUUGUAAGAGAAAUAGAAACAAACAUAAACAAUUUGGAAAAUAAAUUGGUUGGUGUAAAAAAUUUGAAAGUUGUAGGCAUUGAGGGGUGGACCAUGAUGCGUGAGGGAGAAGCAGAGAAGCAGAAGCAGUAUGCUGCGCUUGUGUGGAUUUCGCACCCACUCGAGGAUGUAGACUUGGACUCUAUAUCCUCACUCAAGGACAUGAAAAUUUUGCAGGGGACCCCUAUAAGGGUGCUUCACCGUCGUAGUCCAUUACAACGUGAAAAAAUUAUACAUUGGAUGAAAAUUGAGAGGAUUGUUGGAAGUUCUCAAUAUUUUCUUUUGCAUCUAUGCACUCAGGCUGGCACAUAUAUUAAGGAGUUUGUCCACGGUGAUCUUGGCCGUACACAUCCUAGUAUUGGUUCAAUCCUAGGUUGCAGAGCAGAGAUUCUACAACUUGAUGUUACAGAUGUUAAAAUGGACUGUUUCUGACAGAAUGAGGUUAUUUGGAACUAUGCUUUAUUGUGUGUCUCUGAAUCAAUCCGGUGAGGCAUAGCUUUUUGUAACUGACCAAAAGAGAGAUGACUCCAUGUUUUUGGCGAACUUGCAUAUUUCCCAAAUUCCAGAUACUUCAGAUUAGCGCUAGCCCCAGAUGGGAAUGGUUUGAAUUUCAGAAUAUAAUGAGUAGUUAUCUCAAGUAAUUGCACUAGGAGAUUCCACACAAAUCGUUUGCAUGUGACGCAAGGCAUGAACGAAUAAUUGUCCUGUGAUUGUUAUACUUGCUUUCCGUUGCCCCUUACUGUCCCGUGACCGUGUUCUACACACUUUCCGUUCCCUCUCAAGGAGAAGUGCCUCGACUUUAUUUUGCACCUAAUGCUCUCGUAUUUUCUAUUGUAUCUCAGCUGCCAAUGGUUUCUUCUUAUACUGCUUUUUUCACGGCAACUAUUUUCCUUCAAAGAAUAUAUUGUCUCCUUUAUUGGGAGAUACAUUUAGCUAUUUAAUUGUAAAAAAAAUUAUUCAAAUAAAAAUUGUAUUUUAAAGGGUUUUUUUA